AUGUCAGGAGUAGAGCCCCUGAGCUCCCGCGGGAGUAUCGUCCUGUCCGCGGUCCUGCACGGGCUAUGCCCAUGGCAGGGAUAUUUCGGUGUAACCCUCUACCUUGUUCAGAGUGUGGGUAGUGGCAUCCGGUCACGCCGUCUCAACUGCCGCCCGCGUCGUCCAACCAGGCGAUUCCGUCCACGGCAGUGUGUCUUCCUCAAUUCAAUUCUCAAACUCGAUGCAUCGGUGGACAAGUGAGAAGAGUGCGCAGGUGUACCUGGAGGUUACUCUGUCAACCAGACGCCACCCCCAUUGUUUCGACAGCAAGGUGGGGUCGCCCAAAACGUGCCUGCAAAUGAGCAAGAAAACCAUUCCUCCCAGCCCUCGCUUGGAAACACCCAAAAUCAAUUUUCAACACAACCUCCUGGAUCAAUGAUGUUCAAUCAGAGGCGGCAGCCUGGACCACGAACACAUGCCCAUCCCCAGUUUUAUCCAUCUGCAAAUGGGGCACCACGUCAUCUGCAACCAGGACCGCAGGUCCAGCAAAUCAGAAUGAAUCAUCAGCAGUUGUCCACAUUGAAUAUGGCGGCUGGAUUGCCAUACGGACUGCCAGGGACUAACAAGGGGCCUCAGGUCACUCACAUUCCUGUCCCACAAAUCCCUGUCAAUUUUGGUGGUGCAGGAGCCCGGCAGCAUCUACCCAAUCCAGGAGGCUUUCCUUCUGCAUCAACAUUCUUAUUUAAUCCCACUCCUCGGUUUCCACAGCAGUAUGCACUCUAUCCCCCUCAGAAUGUCAUAUAUGAAAACCAGAUUAAAGCACAGGCCAUGAAAGCAACACCGCAGAAAGCCAUCUCUGAGACUGCAUCACAAGCUGCUCCUGUUCCUAGUUCUCCCAAGAAUGUUCCAUGGCAAAGAAACCGACUGGCCAUCAUUGACCCAGAGACAGGUCGCAAUGUGCUUGAUGUUGAAAGUGAUAAUGCAGCUCAGCGUGGGAACAGCACAACUGAUGGAGCUGCGUCAAUACUCCCAAGCGAAAUGCAGCAGUCUCUCAGAGAUUCUCAUUCUCGGGAAACUCCAAUCUCUGAAGGAGAAGUGGUUAAAAUGAAUGAAGGGAACGAUGUGCCUGCCCAGUUUGCUAUUCAGGUGCUACAGACAGCUCUGGGUUUUAGACCUGUAGAUCAUGAGAAGCAUGGGACUGAAGCAGGAAGGAAUGUUGUUACAUCCACUAUCUAUAAGGGAGUGGUGGAGACACCUACUCCGUCCAGCCCCCCUCCUCAUGCGGUCAUGCCUCCUGCUUCAGAGAGGGAAGAUGCGGAGAUGGCGUGCCACAGCUGCAGGGAGAGAAUCGCUGGCGUCUGCUACAUGUGCGUGGAGUGCGUCGAUUACAUGAUCUGCUCCACGUGCGAGGCGGAUGGCGUGCUCCACACCGGCCACAACAUUCUCCGGCUCACAACCUCCGUGUCUCCCCUGUUCCACCCCGUUUCAGGGGACGUUCACCAGAAUGUGGAGUGCGCCACUUGCCAUGGCCCAAUAAGAGGAAGUCGCUACAAGUGCCUGCAAUGCCCAGAAAUCGAUCUCUGCCACACUUGCAAGACCAGGGGGACGGAGCAUUCGGAUCACCUCUUCAUAAGACUUCCAUCUCGCAUACCCGUCGUCCAUCUCACGCCUGACCUGGAUGCCACGACAGGCGAGUCUUUAGCAACCGAAGAACAUCCAGGAGUUAUGUGUGAUUCUUGUCACCAAGGAGUGAGAGGUAGGAGGUUCAAGUGCCUCGUGUGUCCUGAAUUCAACCUCUGCAGCGACUGCGAGCAGUUGGAAGAGCAGCACUCACACCACCCCAUGAUUCGCUUUUCCAAGCCCAGUGCCAUUGUUCUGAGGCGCUCGGUCAUCCUCGCAGAUGGCCUGCACCACGGUGUAACCUGCACGGAAUGCGAAGGGAGAAUCAGGGGAUACCGCUACAAGUGCCUCAAGUGUCGGGACUACGACCUCUGCACGAGAUGCGAAGCCGCUUCUAAGCAUCUUCAACACCGCAUGCUCAGGAUGCCUCCCAAAUGUGAGAGCCAAGUCCCAGUUCCUUCCGACCAGCUCACCCCUUCUCAAGAGGAUUCCGCUCCGAGAAUGACAGCAGCGGGGAGAGCUCCCUAUCUCUGCCCCUGCGGUGAGACAUGCCUCGGGAAGCCGAGGUACGUCUGCCUCCAGUGUCCAUCCUACGGCCAUUGCCCCCAAUGCGAGGCGAGGAAGACGCACAAGGAACACACCAUGCUCCGGGUGCCCGAGCCCGCUUUUGCCAUCAAAUAUGUACUGGGUUUGACAUGCGACGAGUGCGGAAACGCCAUCUCGGACCUCCGUUACAGAUGCCUCACCUGCCCCGAUUUCCACCUCUGCCCUGCCUGCGAGGAGAGGAAGGUCCACGGCAUCCACCCCAUGCUUAGACUGUCCUCUCGGACGAAUUCCACGGCCGCGGAAAUGAAUCAGCCUUCAUCAGCGCCCUUAGUGCGCGACAGGGUGCUUUGCACAGGGUGCAAGUGUCCCAUCGUCGGAUUCCGGUACGAGUGCGUGAGCUGUCAAACGGUAAAUCUGUGUGGGAAAUGCGAAGGAAAUGACAAGACGCACCUUGAACACCGCCUACUUCGAUUUCCGACGUACGUCCGUCAAAGAUAUGCCAAGUGGACGUGUGGAGUGUGCGGAGGUGCUCAAAAACAAGGAGCCCGAUACAAAUGUCUGGUGUGCCCGGACUCCAACCUCUGCUUUUUAUGCGCUGCCAGACAGAAUCACAUCCGCCAUCCGAUGAUGCGCCUCCCGUUCUCCCGCAAGCCUUCGAGACGCAGACGGCGCCACGCCGCCGGACGGCCUCUGUCUCCUCCGUCUCCGUCCGGUAGAUGCCAGCCUCCGCUGGCCGUGGGUUCCCCCUCCGGGGGAAUCCUUGGAGGGCCGCGCGGAUCCCAGAACACGGCGACCCUCGCCUGCGGGACCACGGGAAAGCCCAAAGACGACGACGAAAACCUAUGCAAGCUGUGCCUGGAGGCGGAGUUGAGCUGCGUGUUCGCCGAGUGCGGCCACAUGGUCGCCUGCCUCCCUUGCGCCGAGAAGGUUUCGCAUUGCCCCGUUUGCCGGAAGGCCAUCGCGAACCGGAUUCGAUUCUUCAAGGUGUGA